AUGAGAACAAAUCGGAGUACUCACGUAAGCCAACCUGCUGGUAUCACGGGCCCGUAUCAAAAGAUCAAGACUGAGCGUGCCCGGUGUAAACGAGUCAAGGAACCAGGCCUCCUCGCUGAGAUUACAUUGGGGAAGCUCGGGAAUAACUUGGCUGCAUUUAUUGAAUUUCUCGGCGGCACCAUCUGGGCUCGGGGCCUGUCGCACGAGCAUCGAUCUCUUGCAUGCAUCUCAAUCCUUAGCUCGUUGGGAAAGCAGGGUCAAUUAUCCACACACAUCUAUGGGGCGCUUAACAACGGCCCGACAGGAGGAAAUAAAAGAGAUCCUGCUGCAAGUAAUCGUGUACUGGGGUACCAGCUGGUUUAA